UAGCGAAAUUAACUCAAAGCUUACUUGAGAGAGAAAGAGAGAGUAAAGGAAAGAAGAGAGAAAAGAGAAAGAGAGAGAGAGAGAUGGAGGCCUUCCCAGUGAUCAACAUGGAGAUGCUCAAUGGUGAGGAGAGAGGAGCCACCAUGGAGAUGAUCAAAGAUGCCUGUGAGAACUGGGGUUUCUUUGAGUUGGUGAAUCAUGGGAUCUCUCAUGAGCAAAUGGACGCAUUGGAAAAAUUGACAAAGGGACACUACAGGAAGUGUAUGGAGCAGAGGUUCAAGGAACUAGUGGCAGCCAAGGCUCUGGAGGGUGUCCAGACUGAAAUCAAAGAUAUGGAUUGGGAGAGUACCUUCUUCCUCCGCCAUCUACCUGUCUCAAACGUCUCUGAUUUCCCAGACCUCGACGAGGAAUACAGGAAAGUUAUGAAGGACUUUGCUUUGAAACUUGAGAAACUAGCAGAGGAACUCCUGGACUUGCUGUGUGAGAAUCUUGGACUGGAAAAAGGUUACCUGAAAAAGGCCUUCCAUGGCUCCAAGGGUCCAAACUUUGGCACCAAGGUCAGCAACUAUCCUCCCUGCCCCAAGCCAGACCUGAUCAAGGGACUCCGAGCCCACACUGAUGCCGGUGGCAUCAUCUUGCUCUUCCAAGACGACACGGUCAGCGGCCUCCAGCUCCUCAAAGACGGCCAAUGGGUCGAUGUUCCUCCAAUGCGCCACUCCAUUGUGGUCAACCUCGGUGAUCAACUUGAGGUGAUCACAAAUGGCAAAUACAAGAGUGUGCUGCACAGGGUCGUAGCCCAAACAGACGGCAACAGGAUGUCAAUAGCUUCAUUCUACAACCCUGGAAACGAUGCAGUCAUCUACCCAGCACCGGCAUUGCUGGAGAAAGAAGCAGAGAACGAUCAAGUGUACCCGAAAUUCGUGUUUGAUGACUACAUGAAGCUAUAUGCAGGCCUCAAGUUCCAGGCCAAGGAGCCAAGAUUUGAGGCCAUGAAAAACGUUGAAGCCAGUGUCAACAUGGGGCCAAUUGCAACAGCCUAAGAACAGUUCUAAUUAAUUGAAGGAUUUAUGUUGCUUGUUUCAAGGUUGUGUCCAAUUAAUUAGCUCAAGUUUUUUGCUUCUAUAGAAGCUAGAAUUCAUUAUUAUUUGAGUGUCAGUUUGUUCCCUACAGGUAAAAGUUAGUCUCUCCUCACACAUAAAAAUACUGUUUGUUUUGGUGGUUCUCCCCCAUCUUUUUUAAUGUGACCCUUUUGUACCCCUAGGGGGAAAAAAGUGUAACUCCUACAAAGGAGUUUUUGGUUGCAAAUGAUCUAUGUAUUGGAAUGCUUUUUGGAAUGAAAAUUAGAUUUUUCGAGUAAA